AUGUGCGCCCAGAAACCUGUCGGAUCUGCAACCGCACACACGGAAACAUGUGCUUUCUCUCUGCAGACACAGGACGGUGGACAUUUAACCCCUGCGCUCCUGGUGCAACGACAGGAGACUCCAUCCAGCAGGUGUCGGCACCGCUGGCCACGCACAAGCCAGGGACAGACAGAAGUGGAAACCACAGCAGCGAAACAAAAGCCAUUUGUAACAUCGUCCCUGCAAAGCCCUGGAUGCUCACAGCUGCGACCGGACCCAGUCCCAAGCUUUUGCCCAUUUGUAAUUAGUAACGCCCAUCUGUUCCCUUUAAUUAAAGGGAUAAUUAUAUAUAACUUUUUAUUAAAAAAUCAACUCUGUAUUCUGUCAAUAGCCGAUAGGAAUUCACAAUUAGUGACAUGGCUGGAAAAAAUAGAUCGGAACAGUAGUUUGUGGAAGGAAAAAAAAAGGCUGUCUAAAAUUAUUUACAGAUGUAAAAAGCCGUGCUGCAGGACUUUCUCAAAUUAUGAAGAUUCCCAACAAUGUAGUAAAAUAAAAGAUUCUUCAAAAAUUAUAGCUCUUGGAUUCCAAACUCAGAUGCCGCCUCUAUCUGCAACCCCGCGGGUUUUGGCACACGUGACUGAGUGUGUCUGCACGCACAGUGAGGGUGUGACUGGGUUCUAG